AUGGCAUCAUUGCUCAAACUAUUUUUGACACUUGAACCAUCACUUCGUUUCUAUCUACGUUCACAACGUAUUGCUGAAAUUCAUGAAGCUUUGAUAUCAUCAUUACUUGUUUGCAAACCAGAAGAUCCAAUAGCAUGGUUAAUUAGUUGUCUUAUUGAAUUACAUUCAUUACCACCAUCAGCAAAAGUUAAUCUUAAUUGGGAUUAUUUUAUUCCUGAAAUAUAUCGACCAGUUAAUCGUCCAUAUAAUAUUGAAAGUUCAUUAAGUUAUGUUUUUGCUGUUUGUGAUGAUACAUUAGAACCAAAUGAAAGACAAAUACGAACAGCUAUUGAACAUUAUAAAUUUUAUAUUCAACGAAAACUUUUUUCAGCUUGGCUUCGUUAUUAUCUUACACGAUUAGGUCAACAAAGAUAUUUAGAAAAACGAGAACAUGCUGCUAAUGAAUAUUAUCGUGUACGAUUAUUGAAUAUUUAUUUUCGACAAUGGUCACUAUGGGUUACUCAUCGUCUUUCACGUCAAAAAGCAGCUGCAUGUCAUAUAAAUCAUUGUGCUGAAACUUAUCAAUUACGAAUUAUUCUUAAUGAAUGGAAUAUUGUUGCUCAACAAGCACGACGUACAAGAGAUUAUUUUGAUCGUGUUGAACGAGGUGAAGAAGGUCAACAAUUUAAUGGUUUUCUUAGUCAUGGUGAAGCACGUGAUGAAUUAUCUCUUCUUACACGAGAAGCUGCUGUUCGUAUACUUGCAUAUUUAGAUGUUGAUGAUUUAGCUCGAUGUGCUCAAGUUUGUCGAAAUUGGAAAAUGUUGACACAAUCAUCUAUGCUUUGGUCUAAACUUGAUUUACAUCGAACAAGUGAUGCACUUAAUGAUCGACUUGCUAUGCGUUUUAUACAACGAGCUCGACCUUAUUUACAACAUCUGAAUUUAAGACAAUGUUCUCGUAUUGGUCGUUUAACUUUUGUUGAAAUAACUACUUGUGUCCUUAUUGGUGGCGCUAAAUGUAGUGCCGAUUCUGCAUUUUUUAUUAUAUCAAUUGCAUUUAUUAAUUUAGGUAUUUUGGUGAAUUUCAAACCUUUGGAUAAUACUUAA